AUGCCUGAGGUGGAGGGAGAACCAAUCACUCAAGAGGAAGCCAGCGCGCCUGGCUGGAUCGAAGCAAUUCGACGUCGAGCAACUACUACCACCGGCAAGCCAGCCGGCGCCCGCAUUGGCGAACCGGAGCUGCGACGAGGGUUGCAGCCGCCAGCCGGCUCCCCCCGCUGCCAACGGAUCAUCACCGUGUCAUCGUCCACCACGGAGGUGGACUGGAUACGCAACAACAACCAACAGACCCAAGGAGGCUCGGCCAAGCAAAAGCCGACGCCCAAGCAACCAGCCCCGAGUCUACCGACGAAGCACCUGCCUACCACCACCGAGAGUCCGACUGCAACACCUACCUCGGCCGACCGAGUCGCCGGUAAAGGUGAGACUCGCGGUUCCGCGCGGUCGGGUAAUUUGCCACAGCAUGAGAAAGAUGAGAUUCGAGAGCUCAAACGCGAGCUAGUGUUUCUGCGCAAAGAAAACGCAGAAUUCAAAGCACUUAUUCGAAACCUGCAGCAGCCGAGAGAACGCGUUGUCGAGGCACCGACGCCCGCCGCUCUGGCCGUUGAACCCGCCCCCACUACGUCGUCGAACGCCAAUCGCGCCGCAAAGCGUCGCGCGGCCGAGGACCCGGCCGACGAGCCCGUUACUAUGUCUAACUUCAUGGAGGCACUUGCCCGCCUCCGAGCAGACAUUGCGGCAGACCGAGCUGCCGAUAUGACCCCACACACCCUCCAGCUCACCGAGCUCCACGCGCGAUUACAAAUAUUAGAAGGACAGCACGAGGCGGACGUAAUGCUGAUGCUGAAAUACGAGCUCAUGGAUAGGAUCACGAGAGACACUAGAGCCAUCCUAGCGCUCGACCUCGAGAAGGCGUUCGACCGCGUAAACCACUCUCACAUCCUCGACUCGAUUCGACAGGCAGGAUUAGGUAAGCGUUUCUACAACUACGUUAGUUCGUUCCUACGCGACAGGACAGCUACAAUACAACUCGGCUCGAUGGGCUCGAAGCAGUUCAACCUGGGACCAAGGGGCACACCCCAAGGGGCCGUGAUCUCUCCGUUCCUGUUCAACCUCUCCAUGCGCGGUCUGUUGCGACAACUCUCACAGAUCGAAGGCAUCAGUCACGCCUUCUACGCAGACGAUAUCACCGUAUGGAGUACAAGGGGCACUGACGGCCAUAUCGAGGAGCGACUGCAAGAAGCGGUCAGCACGGUACAAACGUUCUUACGGCAGGCCGGUCUCUCGCUAUCGGCAGAGAAAUAA